AUGGAUUUUCUUGACACUCGCGUUUUGUUACCUUCUGAUGCAUCCCCUUCACAAUGUCCAUCCAGAUUAGCUAAGGCCAUAUCGCCGAAAUUACUCUCUACUAUUAAACAUGGUUAUGAACAUGAUGAACCUCCCUCUCAUGAGCACAUCGCGAAUCAAGAACUUUCAUUUCAUACGAGUGUCAUUGACAUGACAAUAUUAGCGUCUCCUAUGUACUCUCUUGGUCUGCAAAUAAAUCCUUUUGCUUCGGGUAGUAUAUUGAGUACUAUGGUUCGCAUUCAUGACGCCUUUUCUUUUUGUCUCUGGUAA